CAAAUGUCAAAAGUUUUGCAAUUUGUGGGAAUUUUUGUAUGACAUUAUAAUUGUUAUUUGAUAUUGUAACUGUAUUAUUAAGUGAUAACCGCGAUUACAAUUAUUAAAUUUUUAUUUGAAACAUGUUAUGGAGCAAAACUUUGUACAACACAGGUCGUUCGAUAGCGAUACACUUUCACCCCAGUGCCUUGAGUCGAAUAGCGCGAACACAAAUCAAUGACACUCAGUCGGUAACGAUCACAGUACGAGCCGGUUUUACCAGUGCGCCUAAGAGGAAAAUGGCCGAUAAACUAAAUUCUGAAGAGCGCAAUGGGCUCCUACAACCCUUAAUUCAAUCUGGGUGGAAGGUCCAAAGUAAUCGUGAUGCAAUUGAAAAGGAAUUUAAGUUCAAGGAUUUCAAUGAAGCAUUUGGUUUUAUGUCGAGAGUGGCAUUACUAGCUGAAAAAAUGGACCACCAUCCAGAAUGGUUUAAUGUGUACAACAAAGUUCAGGUAACACUAUCUUCCCAUGAUGUAAAUGGCCUUAGCAAGAGAGACAUCAGGAUGGCUACCUUUAUGGAUAAACUCAUUAAUUAAAAAUACAAGAAAAAUAAACAA